UUUUUAAUCUUCCAAUUCAUUUCACUGUUGCUCUGUCUGUCUGUCUCUCUCUCUCUUGCUCUCUCUGUAAUUUCAUAAGCCUUCUGAUCGCAAAUUCACUACCGAAGAGCAGCGGAAGGACCGUGAGUGAAAGGAGUGCGGGAGGUCUGGCCGGGCUCAGCACCAUAGCCGUUCGACUUGGCGGCGGCGGCGGCGGAUUUUGGUACCGGAGGAAAAAGAAGACACGGAGCAGGAGUAAGACGAAAGUUAAGCAUCGGUUUAUGGAGCUUUGGCACAAAAUGAUUUUCCCUGUCCGACGAGUUUGGCUCACUGUUUCCGCUCGUGUUAGGGCUCGGAAGAGUGGAGCUGGGCUUCUGAAGCUUCAUGAUGACGUAGAAACCUGUGGAUAUGAAGAUGUGAAGGUGAUGUGGGAAAUUCUGCGUCGAUCGGAGUCGGAACUAGUCGGUCACCGACCGAAGCGCAAGCUGCGGCCAUUUUGGAGAGUCUCUGUGUGGUCCAACCAUGCUGCUGCAGCCUCCUCUUACACUGCAACUCAUGCGUGAGGCCAUCAAACCAACACUCAGCUUCGUCAAUUCUGCGCCAUCUCUUUGGUAUCUUCACCGUUUUUUCAGAACUAACAGCCAAUGCUUGCAAUGGUACAGAACUUUUUACCAAACUUGUUCAAAGAAAUGUGAAGUCUUUGCACACGCAGUCCAUCUCUUCCACUUUGAGCAGACAAACACCCUUUUGUAAGUAAUAAUAAAAUUUUGGGUUCGUAGCUAAGAAUCGUUGGUGACUUGAUGAUACUUGUUUCAAUUCAGUUCAAAAAGUUGAUGAGAUCACUUGUAGUUUUACAUCAAAAUGAAAAAUGCUUUUCAAGAGCAGGACUGAGAAUGAAAACCAAUUGAAAUCCAAUCAUAAUUUAAACCUCUU